AUGGAGGAGUGCCUCAUGCCCGAGCAGUCUCCUCUUCAGCACCUUCAGGCAACCCGUGUUAUCGCGCUCGCUUCGGCUGUGGCAACUGGAGCACCCGAUGCGGCAGACGCUGGUCAGAAUAUCUCAUCCCUUUGGACAUCGGCAAAAUGUGACCAAAAUUCUAUUGAAAAUGCUACUGUCGCCUUCGUUGAUCGAUGGUAUUUGGCAGGCGUUCCGGGAGCCUGGAACACGAUGCUUGACGAGUGGCAGAGUGGAGCUAAGGAUGGCAUGUAUCGUAACCUCGCAUUUCCGGAGUUCGUCAGUUACUACUUCCACGGUCCAGAGCAAUGGAACUGCAAAGAUACAGGGAGCGUCCCAUGCUCUUCCGUUGUCCAGUGCAAGGAUGUCGAUCAUCCAGCAGGCUACCUUAUCUUGAAUGCUUUCUCCAGUAUCCAUCAGCUGCACAGUAAGAUGUACGACGCACUGAAUACGGCAAUGAUUGAAAUCCAAAGCAAGAUAGGGGAAUUAUCCUCCAUCUUUGCUCCCCAGAGUGAUGACACCCAGAUAAUCCUGGCAAUUUUUGAUGCCUUGACCACCAUGAUGGGCUUUAGUGUUUCGGCAUUUUUUAGUGUCGUUGAAAAGGAUGUCGCAAGAGCAGCCUCGGGUAUAUCCACUAGCCGUGUGGAGAGUGUAAGGCCUCGCGCUCGUGGCUCUGGCGGCGAUCAUGGCGAUAGUGGCUCUGGUACUGCUAAGACAGUGACUUUCAAAGAUCCGUUAAUGACCAAAAAGAAGAUGGAAGAGGCGUUGAGGGGAAAGCAGUUCUCAUUCGAUGGUAAAGCGUAUGCUAACGACAUGACGUACCAAAUUUAUGGUAUCACGGCGACCUGGAUCAGAAAUAAUGCUCCUCAAGUUCAUGAUAAACUUGGAGCUCAGAAUUCACUAAGCUCCGCUCUCGGCGACAUAUUUGCGGCUUGGAAGGAUACCGAGGCCUCAUAUCUAAAGAACAUCUUUUCGGGCGAGGAAUCAUCACUGAACGACCUUGAAAUCCUUAUCGAUGAUGGCAAGAUGAACGCCAUGCCAAACAGACUGGACGAAGAUCAGAUGUCAAAGGAUUUGCAGGCGGUACUCUAUGGUCAACUGAUGCCUACUGCGUGGAAGACCGCCUCCCAGAACGCCGGCGCUCAUCCAAUUAUCUUGAAGACGGACUUCAGCUGUGAUAACAAGGCCGCUGAGAUACCUGAGAUCAGCGAUUACAAUAUUAUGACUGACGCAGACUCUGCAAGCACACGCGUGUGCUGGAGGGAGAAACUGGUUUUCCUUGUGAAUGUUAAUGAGUGGGACUUUUUCAACCAAGUCCACUUCACACCACUACCCGGAGUGGAUAGUAGCAACCUCUCUGGAAGUAAAUGGGGAGGCAUUACCAUUGAUGACAUUGUUGCAAGUGCAAUGACCGGAUAUGAGAACGCCGGCUACAAAAAUGGCUACAAAAAUGGCUACAAAUCGCCGGGCACGGAUGAGAUUGAGAUGGAUGAAAAUGCCGAUCAAUAUGGGAAGCGAAUCCGUUACCCUGGCUUCUUCAAUAUCCCCGUAUGCGAGGGCCUGGCGAAGACCAAGCAGGCUAUCGUUUCCAACCACCAAGCAAACUCUCCAUUUUGGCCUUGCGACUCACCUGAGAACUUCAACAACGCAGGAACUACCAUUCAUGUAAAUAAGGGAUGGAUUACUGCUAAUGGUGAUACACCUGUUUGCAGUACGUUCAAGGUUGAUGAUCCAGGAAAUGGUGAUACGCUCAGUGCAACUCUCUACGGACAAUUUGAUGGAGAUAACACUGCCGAAUUUUCUGUCAAGGCAACAUGCAAGAUUACUUUCUCCUGGCCAAAAUCGUACGGCGAUAUCUACUAUGGAGAGGACAAUUGCAUGUACGACGGCGAAUCCCAAGCAAUCCCGGAUGCAGAUGGCAAACCCGUGUGUUGCAUCAAGGACAAUAACCUCACUGACAUGGUCACUAACCCAUACGUGGUUGGAGGCGCGUCCCAGACCAGGGCUCUCGCGAUCCCGGAGAUUGUAAUAUCAAUCCUCCAACAAAUGGACAUGCGCACCCUAUUCGUCGCCCAAAGUGUUUGUCACGCCUGGGCAGAGACAAUCCGCAAAUCGCGCUCACUGCAAGAAGCCCUAUUUUUCAUCCCAGCCAGCGAAAAAAGCGAGACAGGCACACGAGUCUCCAACCCCAUGCUAGCACGAGCAUUUCCAACAAACGACCUGCGAGGUGCCAGUGCUGGCACAGAAAUAGAGGACAUUGAACUCUGUGAUUUCGAUCUUACAAAAAGCGCGGACAAGAGAGAGAGAUAUCUCCGGCCCGAAGCAAGCUGGCGCCGUAUGCUGACGCAACAACCGCCAGUCUUCACGAUCGGGCGUUUUAGUAAGGGGGUCGGGCCCAUGGGUCUUGGUUGGUCACAAGAAAGGGCAGCACGGCAAGAUGAGGGACUUCGCAUGGGGACUUUGUUUGGACUUCUUGUUUGUUUAACACGCAAUGAGUGGAAUCGCUGGUGGAUUGCGAUUUGUCUGGGUGGAGCCAAGCCUGUCAAUGCGCCGGUUGAGAUUGUGUCUCCGAAUACUUCUCUCGUUACGGAUAGGAUUAAUAAGGAUUGGAGGGAUAUGAUUGCGGACUUUGAUCUUGUGCUUGUGACGGAUUCUGGGUUCGCUUGUACGGGUGAUGACUCGGAUGAUGAUUGUGAGAAAAGUAGUUAUGAGAUUGUUUGGGAGGAGAUUUGUGAGACUUACUCCAAGUUUGGGUUGACUGUGGGGAAGUUGGAGAUGGAAACUUAUAAUAAGGGAUUUGUCAUGUGGGAUUAG